CCGCUGUCAAGGUAAGCCAAUGAGAGAGGUGCAGAUAGACCGAAAAAGAGGAAAUAGUUUUUUUAUGGAGUUUAACAGCUAAACUGGUAGUGCAAAUAAAUUGUUGUGUCGGGGAUAUGCACAGCUGAUACCGUGUCCCUCUCUCUGCUUGCUCCCUGCCUUGGACAAGGCAUGCGAUACGGAGGGCACGCAUUGUACAAAAUGGAGAAGAGAAAAUAACCCAGGCGCAGAGAAGCAGCAGCAGCAGCAGCAGCAGCUGAUUGAUUGAGAGAAUGGCCUUUCUGGACAACCCGGCCAUCAUCCUGGCCCACAUCCGGCAGUCGCACGUCACGAGCGACGACACGGGCAUGUGCGAGAUGGUGCUGAUCGACCACGACGUGGACCUGGAGAAGCGCCUGCCUUCCUCGGUGACGGGCAGCGCCGGCUCAGAAACGCAGGGCGAGGGCGGGGACCCUCAGGGCUGCGACCUCUCCCAGUCCGUCGACAUUACCUCAAGCUGGGACUUCGGGAUCCGCAAACGAUCAAACACGGGAUGUCAAGACAGAGCUGAAAGAUCAGGGACGGUCCUCAAGCCUGAGGGGUGGGUGAGAGCUCAAAGACUCGAAAGGCUUAGAAAAGAGAGGCAGAACCAGAUCAAAUGUAAAAACAUCCAGUGGAAGGAAAGGAACACUUCACAAUCAGUAGAGGACUUGGGCGCGCUGUUUGAGAAGAAGGACUUCAAGGACAGGCCAGCGAGCUAUGGGAAGCAGUCAACGCUGUCACUGCGUCUGGAACAGUGCCCACAGCAGCUCAACAACCCUUUCAAUGAGUAUUCCAAAUUCGACGGCAAGGGCCAUGUAGGUACAACAUCAACCAAAAAAAUUGACGUCUACCUCUCAAUGCAGUCGGGCCAGGAGAAGCUGCACCCGAUGACUGUGGUGACGAUGGCCAACGCCAGAGUGCAGGACCUGAUCGGGCUGAUCUGCUGGCAGUACACCAGCGAGGGACGGGAGCCCAAGCUGAAUGAGAAUGUAAACGCUUACUGCCUCCACAUUGCCGAGGAUGACGGGGAAGUGGACACAGACUUUCCUCCGCUCGACUCCAACGAACCCAUUCACAAGUUUGGCUUCAGCACCCUGGCGCUGGUGGAGAAGUACUCCUCGCCUGGGCUGGCAGCAAAACAGUCGCUCUUUGUUCGAAUAAAUGCUGCCCAGGGUUUCUCCCUGAUUCCAGUGGACAGCAUGAAGGUCACCAUGAAAGAGAUCCUCCAGAAAGCUCUGAAGAAGAGGAAAGGAUCGCAGAAGGGUUCAGGCCCCCAGUAUCGUCUGGAGAAGCAGAGUGAGCCUAACGUGGCUGUAGAUUUAGAGUGUACCUUGGAGAGACAAAGCACGCUCGAGUUCUGCCUGGUCAGAGAAAACAGUACCCGCGGAGAGGAGAGCUCAGAAGAGGACCCUCCUAUUGAUAUAACCACAGUGCAGGACAUGCUGAGCAGUCACCACUACAAGUCCUUCAAAAUCAGCAUGAUCCACAAGCUGCGCUUCACCACUGAUGUGCAGUUAGGUAUCUCUGGAGAGAAGGUGGAGAUAGACCCUGUUACUAAUCAGAAGGCCAGCACCAAGUUUUGGAUCAGACAGAAACCCAUUUCAAUCGACUCUGACCUCCUCUGCGCCUGUGACCUUGUGGAAGAGAAGAGUCCGAGUCAUGCAAUAUUUAAACUCACAUAUCUCAGCAGUCAUGACUACAAACCUCUCUACUUUGAAUCCGAUGCUGCUACCAUCAACGAAAUAGUGCUGAAGGUGAACUACAUUCUGGAAUCGCGUGCCAGCACGUCUCGGGCAGACUACUUCGCUCAGAAACAACGGAAGCUGAGCCGGAGGACAAGCUUCAGUUUCCAGAAGGAGAAGAAAUCGGGGCAGCAGUGACCUCCCCAACCCCCCCCCCCCCCCCCCACCCCACCCCCCCCACACACACGCACGGCCAAGACAGGGACCUGCCCAGACAAUUAGGAGGAGGAAGAGGGAAAUACAGGGACCCACAGUCAGAGAGAAAGAGAGAGCGCGAGAGAGAGAGACAGACUGACCGACCGACCCACCCACUCCCGUUCCGCAGAGCUGUGACAAGCCCGGAGAUGAAACCUCGCCGUGUUUAUGCACCUCAUGCCCUGGGGCUCUAGCCAUAUCAGAAAGUAACAGACAACUUUUUUUAGUAAAGAAAAACAAGCAGUUGGGACCCCUUUCCUGAGAUUUGAAGGAAAGGGUGUUUUUUUUUUUUUUUUUUAUACAGAUCCCUCUCUUGAAGACUAAAGGCAAAGGUCUUAUUUGCUUGAACCUUACAGACACAGUGCUCACCCACUGCCUACAAACACAUUGUACAUAAAUAUGUUCCUGACAUCAGAAGAGUUAAUAUGACAAGGAGGAGGGGAAGGGGGAAAAGGUAUGGGCAUUAAGGUGUAAGCUUUAUCUUUUUGUAACACACAAGGGACAGACUUGUGUGGUGUUUUCUUUUGUUUGUUUGUUUUGUUUUUGUAUUUGUACAUAGCAAAAUCACAUUCAGGUUGAACUUAAAUAAUACGACAAACCUACUCUGGCCAUAGUAACUUCAGUGCCUGUUCUGUGGAGUUGUAGUGUGUGUGUGUGUGGGAGUGUUAGUAAAGAUCGUAAAUGCUCCUUCCUAAACGUAGCUAGCGAAGAGGAAGAGACACAGUACCAAACUUCAGAGCUUUGAUAAAGAUUCCACCUUAAUACUGCAUGGAAACCACCUCCUUCUUCUUCUUGACUGGUUAAAUAAAGCAUUUUUAUGACCAGAGAAUUAAAUAAAUCCUGAAAUUCUUACUGUGACCUUUAAAUGUUUCAGCAUUGUAUUUGCUAACUGUCCUACAAUGUAAAGAAAAAAAUCACUCUUUGUUCAACAGGACAACUUGGGUUUUUUUGCUCAGACUGUCAUUUCAAGGGCAGUUAGGGAAAGUAGAUAUUUUUACAAGCUUUUUUUUUUGUUUGUUGUUUUUGUUUUCUUUUAAUGUGAUAACAUUAUAUAAAAUCUUUCCAUUUCCAGA